UAGCUAUGAUAUUUUGAAGCUAAAAGGUUGCAAUUGGAACAACAGUGAGUUCCAGAAGUAUUUGUUGACUUUGAUGAGAAGAAAACAAAAUAGAGGGUAUUAACUUGUUCCUUCAGAUUUCAGACACGACCAAGUCAUUCCUUUGACCCGUUCCUCCCUCCCCAACAAGCACAAAUAUCCAUCUAAUAGCUUCUCUGUAACUUGCACUCAGGAACCAACCAAACCAAACAUCAUGGGUUACGAACCACAGUUGUGCCUCUUUCUCCUCAUCACAUGCUUCACUUUCCACACCUCCCUAGCUGCUUUCACCACCAUCUCAGCAAACCAAUCUCUCUCCGGGGACCAAACCCUUGUCUCCAGCGGUGGCCACUUCGAAUUGGGUUUCUUCAACACAGGUAACAACUCUAAAUACUACAUAGGCAUGUGGUACAAAAAGAUAUCUGUAAGGACUUAUGUUUGGGUUGCAAAUAGAGACAACCCCGUUUCUGAUAAGAAUUCUGCCAAGUUUACAAUUUUGGAUGGUAAUUUAGUGCUCCUAGACCAGUCCCAAAAUAUAGUUUGGUCAACCAAUUUGUCUUCUCCUAGCUCAGGUUCUGUGGUGGCUGUGCUUCUAGAUUCUGGGAAUCUUGUGUUAAGCAAUAGGCCUAAUGCAUCAGAAUCUGAUGCUAUGUGGCAGAGUUUUGAUCACCCUGCAGAUACAUGGCUUCCUGGUGGAAAGAUAAGAUUGGACCACAAAACAAAGAAGCCUCAGUAUCUCACUUCAUGGAAGAACAAGGAUGAUCCUGCAACGGGUUUGUUCUCUCUUGAACUAGACCCUAAAGAAACCAAUGCAUAUCUCAUUCUUUGGAAUAAGUCUGAACAGUAUUGGACUAGUGGUCCUUGGAAUGGACACAUCUUCAGCUUGGUUCCUGAAAUGAGGUUGAACUACAUCUACAAUUUCACCUUUGAGAGCAAUGAGAACGAGAGUUACUUCACCUAUUCGGUGUAUAACUCCUCUAUUAUAUCUCGUUUUGUGAUGGAUGUCUCGGGGCAGAUCAAGCAACUUUCGUGGCUGGAGAAUGCUCAGCAGUGGAAUUUGUUCUGGUCACAGCCUAGACAACAGUGUGAGGUUUAUGCCUUUUGUGGUGGAUUUGGUAGCUGCACUGAGAACGCCAUGCCGUAUUGUAGUUGUUUGAAUGGUUAUGAGCCUAAGUCACAACCUGAUUGGAGUGUUUCGGAUUACUCAGGAGGGUGUGAGAGAAAGACCAAGUUCCAAUGCGAGACACCCAAUUCAUCUAACAAGGAUAAGGACAGGUUCCUACCAAUUCUCAACAUGAAGUUGCCUAAUCAUUCACAAUCCAUAGGAGUUGGGAGUGAUGGGGAAUGUGAAGCAGCAUGUUUGAGUAACUGUUCAUGUACUGCAUAUGCUUUUACUACCAAUGGUGGAUGUUCAAUUUGGAAUGGUGAGCUCUUGAAUGUGCAACAGCUUUCUCAAGAUGAUAGCAGUGGACAGACUAUGUUUCUCAAGCUUGCAGCAUCUGAGUUUCAUGAUGCAAAGAGCAAUAAGGGGACAGUCAUUGGUGUUGUUGCUGGUGCAGUUGGUGGCAUAGUGAUACUUGUCCUAGUUUUUGUGUUUGUGAUGCUGAGGCGCAGAAAGAGGCAUGUUGGGGCAGGAACGUCGGUGGAGGGCUCGUUGGUGGCUUUUAGCUACAGGGAUUUGCAAAACGCCACAAAGAAUUUCUCAGAGAAACUUGGAGGAGGGGGCUUUGGUUCUGUCUUCAAAGGAGCAUUGCCUGAUUCAAGUGUCGUAGCAGUUAAGAAGCUUGAGAGCAUUAGCCAAGGUGAGAAACAGUUCAGGACAGAAGUGAGUACAAUUGGGACAGUCCAACAUGUCAACCUUGUAAGGCUUAGAGGGUUCUGUUCUGAAGGUACUAAGAAAUUGUUGGUUUAUGAUUACAUGCCUAAUGGUUCCUUGGACUCCAAACUGUUUCAUGAAGAUAAGCUUUUGGAUUGGAAAGUGAGGUACCAAAUUGCUCUUGGAACAGCAAGGGGGUUGACUUAUCUCCAUGAGAAGUGUAGAGACUGCAUCAUACACUGUGAUGUGAAGCCAGAGAACAUUCUCCUAGAUGCUGAUUUUGUUCCAAAGGUGGCAGACUUUGGUCUUGCAAAGCUGGUUGGAAGAGACUUCAGCAGGGUGCUCACUACCUUUAGAGGGACAAGAGGUUAUCUUGCUCCUGAGUGGAUUUCAGGUGUGGCUAUCACUGCCAAAGCUGAUACCUACAGCUAUGGAAUGAUGCUUUUUGAGUUUGUGUCAGGUAGGAGGAACUUUGAGGCGUCAGAAGAUGGCCAAGUGAGGUUUUUCCCUACCUUUGCUGCAAACAUGGUGCACCAAGGAGGGAAUGUGCUUAAUUUGUUGGACCCUAGGUUGGCGGGUAAAGCUGAUAUUGAAGAGGUCACCAGAGUCAUAAAAGUUGCUUCAUGGUGUGUCCAAGAUGAUGAAGCUCACAGGCCCUCCAUGGGUCAGGUGGUUCAAAUACUUGAAGGGUUCUUGGAUGUGUCUUUGCCUCCAAUUCCAAGGGCCCUCCAAGCCAUUGUUGAUAAUGAGGAGAACAUAGUUUUCUUCACUGACUCCAGCUCCACCCAGAGUUCACAGGUGAAGAGUAAUGUCUCAACUGCCUCCUCUCAAGCCAAAAGCAACAUCUCAUCCAAUAGCAACUAGUCCUCAAGAUAUAAUUGAGAGGGCAUGUUUAGUGGCUUCUCUCACUCUCUCAAGACACAAUAAGUGGUGCCAUACUUUGAUUUUGAGGCAUUUAAUUCUAAUGUUGUGGUACACCUGCUAAGAUGCUUGUAUAUUCAGCCAAAAUAAUGUCAUAUGAUUCUGAUAUAUCUUUUAUUCCUGUAUUCGUAUGAGCCAGUGAGGGGUUUGGGGGAUCAGAGAAAGGAAAAUUGUAGCAAAAACAAAUGCAGUGCAUCUAAGUUAGGUGCACUAAGUAAUAAAUUACUAAAUGUUUCUAAUCGUUA